CUCGGACGGAUCGAAUCGUGAGCUCGGAUCGAUCGAUCGAUGGAAAUUUUGGAGGGGUUAAGCUUUGGAGGGAGCAUAUUCUCGGAUCUAACACGCUCGGAAAUCGUGGCGGCAUUUUCAUCGUCCGAUGGGAAUUUGGAUCCAAGAACUCUCGCGCGCUCUUGCCUUCAUUCUUCCUUUGCUAACGCGAUUUUAGGGUUUAUCGGAAUGAAGCGCUUGGCGCCCAGCGAUGGAUUUGAGACCAGCCACUCCACGGCGAGCAGUGACGGGCGGAGAUCUAUCUAUGGUACGCUCCUGGUUUUGUGAUUUCGAGAAUGUGAGAGAAUGCGAGGUCUUUGUAGAUCGGACGCUGCAAAAGCUCUGGGCGGGAAUGCAGAGUUUCCAAUUCAAUCUCAAGAACACAAUAAUGGAAGUACCAGCUCCAGAUUUUUUGGGCAGUGAUCAAUGCUUUCGCUGCAAGUAAGGAAGAUUUUCCCCUUCCUUUUUCCCUUUCGAUGCUUUACUUCUUAUUUUUUCUUCUCAGGAAGUUUUUGAAUGGUUUGAUUACUUGCGAGGGAUGUGCGGAAGGAUUUUGCUCCUUUUGCUCCAUAACCAGUUUCGAAGAGCAAAAUGAUAGAACCUUUUGCAUGGAUUGCAAUGCGAAUGAUCUCGAUGGUAGGCGAAAGCUUGCUCGUCAACAACGCUCCGUUUCUAAGGUGUUUCCGUCACCUUAGGUCGCUAGAAAGGUUUGGCCAUGGCCUCGUCUUCGACCGGAGGCGAGCAGCCUGCAAAAAAAGUAGCUCUACAUCGACUUGUGGUCGAUGAUGCAAUCCUCCAUGACGAUAAUUCGAUCGUAACUCUUCACCCUGAUCGGAUUCAAGCUCUCAAUCUCACGCCAGGCGAUACCGUUCUCGUCAAGGGGAAGAGGAGGAGAGAUACUGUCCUCAUCCUUCUUGCAGACGAACAUUGCGAGGAAUUCAAGGUGAGGAUCAACAAGGUCGUCCGGGUGAACCUGAGAGUCAAGCUCGGAGAAGUCGUCUCGAUCCACCAGAUCCAAGAAGUGAAAUACGCGAAGAAGGUUCAUGUUCUUCCUCUGGAUGACACCAUCGAGGGCCUCACAGGAAAUCUCUUCGAUUCUUUUCUCAAAGGUAAGUCCACGGUUCUAUCAAGCGUUUGCACUAACUUUCUUUUUGUGAUCAAAGAUUACUUCACUGAAUGCUUCCGGCCAUUGAGAAAAGGUGACCUCUUUUUGGUCCGUGGAGCGAUGCGAGCAGUGGAGUUUAAGGUGGUGGAAAUCGAUCCUCCGGGAGAGUAUUGCUAUGUCUCUGCAGACACCGAGAUCUUCUGCGAAGGAGAGCCGGUCAGGCGAGAGGACGAAGAGAACAAGCUCAAUGAGAUUGGUUACGAAGACAUAGGUGGAGUUCGCAAGCAACUUGCUCUGAUCCGCGAGGCUGUCGAGCUUCCACUGAGGCACCCAACGCUCUUUCGAACGAUUGGAGUGAAACCACCGCGAGGAAUCUUGCUCUUUGGGCCUCCAGGGACUGGAAAAACGAUGAUUGCCAGAGCAGUCGCCAACGAGACUGGAGCCUUCUUCACAGUCAUCAACGGACCCGAGAUUAUGUCCAAGCUGAACGGUGAAAGUGAGAGCAAUCUUCGCAAGGCGUUUGCAGAGGCCGAGAGAAACGCUCCCUCGAUCAUCUUCAUAGACGAGGUGGACUCCAUUGCUCCAAAGCGAGAGCAAGCUCACGGAGAGGUGGAGCGAAGGAUCGUCUCACAGCUCCUGACGCUCAUGGACGGAUUGAAAACGCGCUCGAACGUUGUCGUCAUGGCAGCGACGAACCGGCCGAAUAGCAUCGACCCCGCUUUGCGAAGAUUUGGAAGGUUCGAUCGAGAGAUUGAUAUCGGUGUCCCGGACGGAGUUGGCAGGCUAGAGAUACUUCGAGUUCAUACCAAGAACAUGAAACUAUCCGACGAUGUGGACUUGGAAUCUGUCUCCCAAAAUUUGCACGGUUUUGUUGGGGCGGACUUGGCAUCACUUUGCUCUGAGGCUGCCAUGAACUGCAUUCGUAAGAAAAUGGACAUCAUCGACUUGGAGGCCGAGACCAUCGACGCUGAGAUUCUGAACCUGAUGGCCGUCGACAAGGACGAUUUCCAGCUCGCAUCUGGCGUCAGCAAUCCAUCAGCGCUCCGAGAAACACUCGUGGAAGUUCCAGACGUUUCUUGGGAAGAUAUCGGCGGCCUGGAGUCAGUGAAGCGAGAACUCGAGGAGACAAUCCAGUAUCCGAUCGAGUUCCCCCACAUGUUCGAGAAGUUUGGCAUGUCACCGUCGAAAGGAGUUCUCUUCUACGGCCCACCCGGCUGCGGCAAAACUCUCCUCGCUAAAGCCGUGGCGACGAUGAUCCACUGCAACUUCAUCACCAUCAAGGGACCGGAGCUUCUCUCAAAGUACCUCGGCGAGAGCGAGGGCAACGUGAGGGAGGUGUUUGACAAGGCCCGGGCGUCAGCGCCGUGCGUCCUCUUCUUCGACGAGCUCGACUCCAUCGCCAUACAGCGCGGUAUCUCGGCCAAUGACGCCGGCGGUGCCGUGGACCGUGUCCUCAACCAGCUGCUCAUCGAGAUGGACGGUCUUACUGCCAAGAAGACGGUGUUUAUCAUCGGUGCUACCAACAGGCCGGACAUCCUCGACUCGGCCUUGCUCCGGCCUGGACGAUUGGACCAACUUAUCUACAUUCCUCUCCCGGACGAGCCUUCUCGGCUCAAGAUCUUCCAGGCGUGCUUGAGAAAGACUCCGCUGUCAAUGGACGUGGAUCUGGCUGCUCUUGCGAGGCACACGCCAGGAUUUAGCGGGGCUGAUAUCACCGAGAUUUGCCAGCGAGCUUGCAAGUUUGCGAUCCGAGAGGAUAUCGAGAAGGACAUGAAGAAAGCUGCUGAGAAUGGUGGCGAAGACAUGAUGGACGAGGACAAUGCGGUGGCUUAUGUUGAGCUGAGGCAUUUCGAGGAAUCGAUGAGGUUUGCUCGGCGGAGUGUGAGCGACGCGGAUGUUCGCAAGUACAAGGCUUUUUCGCAGAGCCUCCACCAGUCUCGAGGAUUUGGAGAGUUUAAGUUUCCAGGAGCCAAGCACCAGAUGCUCGAUCAAAAUGAUACUGCCCAAAUGCCCGAUGGAGAUUUGUAUGCUUAAGAACAAUGAUAUAUUUAUUAAUAUUGAUUAAUUAUUACUAUUAUGUUUAUUAUUCA